CACCUUAAAACCCACCUCAACCAGUUAUCUCAGACAUUUCCAAGAGGCCGAAGAGUAUGCCUUGUCUGGCUAGCCCAUACCUGGACCACGGGCACACCACAAAAGAAUGUAACAGUUUGAAGUCUGAGCUUGAAGGCUUGGCUCAUAAAGCUAAUCUUGAUGGUGUUGUCACGCCACACAACGACUCGCUAGUCACCUCAAUCAUUGUCAACAAUUGCGAAGUUCAGCGUGUCCUUGUUGAUGUAGGAAGUGCUCCUAAUGUCAUGUAUUAUCACUACUUUGAGAGCCUUAGCCUUGACCUUGACACUACUCUCCUACAGAAGUAUGAUGGUCCUAUCUAUGGAUUUAAUAAUCAACCAGUCCCUGUGGAAGGAGUCCUUAGACUCAAUGUGGCCUUUGAUUCAGGUCGGACAUAUAUGAUUCCCUCAGUUCAGUUUCUGGUUGUAAAGAUGACCUUGUCUUUCAAUAUCGUCAUUGGGAGGCCUACUUUAACCAAGAUCAAAGCUAUUGUUUCCCAAUCUCACUUAUGCAUAAAAUUCCCUACACCCAUGGGAGUGGCCACUCUCAAAGGGGGGGGGGGAGAGGCUGCAAGCAAUCAGGGAAGAGGUGUAGAAGCUCUUGCAGACUGCCAUCCUUUGCCGAGUAUAGAUCAGCUAGUUGAAGCUAAAUUCGGAAAUGAAAGGCUCAGUCUCUUAGAUGCUUACUCAGUUUAUCACCAGGAUUCAUGGUUUCUAGAAGGGGAUAAAGGUCAAUCUCGAGAAGAUAAAGUUAAUAGAGGAAAUGAAACCACAGAAGUCAGUCAAAGAUGUGCAGCGCCUAACUGGGAGAGUAGUAGCUCUGCACAGAAAGAUGAAGCAGGGAAGCCUAAGAAGUUUGAAUGGACCUCAGAGUGUCAAGCUUCCUUCGACGAACUCAAGGUAUACCUCAGUUCACCACCUUUGCUAACUAAGGUUGAAGAGGGUGAGAUUCUUUACCUCUACCUCGAGAUAUCCGACACAACAAUAAGCUCGAUUUUAGUUAGAGAAAUGGGGAAGCAACAGAGGCCAGUGUACUAUGUCAACAAGGUGCUACAAGGAAUCGAGCUAAGAUACUCCAUAGCAGAAAAGGCAACUUUAGCAGUUGUCACCAUGGAAAGGAAGCUGAGGCCAACAGAGAAUGAGCAUGUAGAUUCCCUAUGGAAGUUAGCUUGUGAUAGCUCUGGUGGAAUGAGGUUCAUCUAUGUCGAGGUCCUUGAUGAACCAAGCUUUGAAAAGUCAAAGGUGAUGGAGGGAAUAGACCUUAUGGGUCCUUUUGUCAAAGGCGUGGAGGGAGUAACACACUUGGUUGUGGUGGUUGAUUACUUUACGAAGUGGGUGGAAGCUCGACCUCUUUCCAAUCUAACCUUGAAAAAGAUUGAAGAUUUUAUUUUUAGCUCAAUCAUCUGUAGCCGCAUUGUCCCCAACUCGGUAUUCCCAAGAACUUCAGCUUCAUCCCCGUCAACAGCAAUGAACUCAUACUCUAGACAUGAAAGGAGCACAGUUCAGCCAACCUCAUCCCGCUCCCAAUUCAGAGUCAUAUUUAGGCAGAACUUGGCUAUUUACACUCCCCGUCUUCCUCCACUCCACCUUCUUGAGGAUCGAAUGUGGAAGAGGUCCACGAUCUUAGACAAAGUUGCUGAGUUGACAAAGUUGGAGACAUACUACUCAACUAAGUUGUGCACCUCCAGCUCAGAUUUCCUUCGAACUUCGACCAGCCUAUCUCUUGCCUUGGCCAACUCAUCCUUGGACUUCUUCCUCUUCUCCACCUCGGUCUCAACAAUAGCUUUAGCAGAAACCAACUCCUCCCUAACCUUCUCUAGCUCCGAGGUUAGGUCAUUGAAGUUUUACUCGGCUGACUACUUCUUCUGGUUGAGCUCAUCAUUCUUGUCAGCCAAUUCGUUCCUCUCCUUAAGGUCCUCCAUUAUUGUUCACCUCGUCCCUCGCCCUUUGCAGGUCCACAUUUGGAAAAGUGGACUUGAUGAACCGCUUUAUAGUUGUCCUGCUGGUGUUCUCCAAAAAGCUGAACUUUCUACUUUGGGAAGGGGUCGCCCUUCCCUUUCCCAUGGGUCACCACACCCACCUUCUACAGAGAUGGUUCAAUCUAAACCGGUAGAGGCUGAGGCAUGAACUCAAUCAAGGCCUCGGGCUGAGGCUGUUGCACCUCCACCCUUCUCCUUUUCUAAGUGCCAGCCUCCUCCUCUGUUCCAAGCUAGACCUUGUUUUAGCUCGGGCUCCUCCGCUUGGGCGAGAUCUCAAAGUCCUACCCACUGUCCUCUCCUCCACAGUAAAGGCAACUGAAGCCUUUGACCUCUUCUUUGGGAGGGCAAUGGUCUUGCCUCUAGUCAACAAUUGCUUCAUUUCCUCUGCAAAAUAAAAUAGAAUUAGUGGA